AUGAAGUUCCACAUUGACAAUCUGCCUAUUAUUUUUCCCUACGACCGAAUUUAUCCAGAACAAUAUGCCUACAUGUGCGACCUCAAGCGGACUCUCGAUGCUACGGGACAUUGUGUUUUAGAAAUGCCUUCUGGGACUGGAAAGACAGUCUCGUUGCUCUCCCUCAUUGUCUCCUACCAACAGUUCUUCCCAACCCGUCGAAAACUGAUCUAUUGUUCGCGAACAGUCCCCGAAAUCGAGAAAGCGCUGGCGGAAUUGAAACGACUGAUGGCGUAUCGUAUUUCAUGUGCUGAAACAGAGGAAGAGAAGGAGAAGGAGCAAAAUUUCACAGGAUUGGGACUGACGAGUCGAAAGAAUUUGUGUAUUCACCCGGAGGUUUCAAAGGAGAAGAAGGGCAAAGUUGUGGAUGCCCGAUGUCGUGAUCUCACGAAUUCUGCCGUUUGCGAAAAGGGUAGAGCAGACCCCGGUUCAGUCGACUUGUGCGAUUGGCAUGAGAACCUUGGCAAGCUCGAACCGGGGAAUCUAGUACCCCGAGGCAUAAUGACGUUAGCGGACGUUCUGCAACACGGGAGAGUUAACACAACAUGUCCAUAUUUUACUGUUCGUCGUAUGCUGCCUUUUGUUGAUAUCGUAAUCUAUUCCUUUCAUUAUCUCCUGGACCCCAAGGUUGCGGAGCAAGUUUCCAAAGAAAUGUCAAAAGAUGCAAUCGUUGUUUUUGACGAGGCUCACAACAUCGAUAACGUCUGUAUCGAGUCUUUGAGCAUCGAUCUUACUAGGCCUAUGCUAGACUCGGCCGCACGGAGUAUUGGCAAGCUAAGCGACAAAAUUGAGGAAAUCAAAGUGACCGAUGCCGCCAAAUUGCAAAACGAAUAUGCAAAGUUGGUUGAAGGACUACAAGAAGGCUCUGAAGAUCCGGAAGACAAUGACGGCUUCAUGACCACACCAGUCCUUCCUGACGACCUACUACAUGAAGCUAUUCCUGGAAAUAUCAGAAAAGCCGAACAUUUCGUCGCUUUUCUGAAGCGUUUUGUGGAGUAUCUGAAGACUAGAAUGCGUGUUCUACAUGUCGUAGCAGAGACACCUCUUUCCUUUUUACAACACCUCAAAGACAUAACCUAUAUCGAACGGCGGCCUUUGCGAUUUUGUGCAGAACGUCUCCAGUCUUUGAUACGAACACUAGAGCUAAAUCGUUUGGACGAACAUGCAUCCCUACAAAAGGUUGCUAGCUUCGCCACGUUAGUCUCAACAUACGAAAAAGGGUUCUUACUUAUUUUGGAGCCUUUCGAGACGGACUCUGCAACAGUUCCUAAUCCCAUAUUUCAUUUCACCUGCCUCGAUCCCUCUCUAGCGAUUAAACCUGUUUUUGAGCGCUUCAGUAGCGUGGUAAUAACUUCUGGAACGAUUUCACCUUUGGAUAUGUAUCCCAAAAUGCUACAAUUUACGCCAGUCGUACAGGAAACAUAUCCUAUGACGUUAACACGUAACGCGUUCCUACCUUUGGUUAUUACCCGCGGGAGUGACCAAGUUGCAAUCAGUUCGCGAUUUGAAGUCAGAAAUGACCCCGCAGUUGUUCGCAACUUCGGCAGCAUACUCAUCGAGUACAGUAAAAUCGUUCCCGAUGGUAUUGUGGCUUUCUUUCCAAGCUAUCUGUAUAUGGAAUCGAUUGUUGCUGCUUGGAACGACAUGGGCAUUUUAAACGAGGUUUGGAAAAACAAACUAAUCUUCGUUGAAACCCCCGAUGCAAACGAAACCAGUAUUGCAUUAGAAAAUUACAGACGAGCAUGUGACAAUGGACGCGGGGCCGUACUUUUGUCAGUUGCACGAGGUAAGGUAUCCGAAGGUAUCGAUUUCGACCACAAUUAUGGUCGAGCUGUCAUUAUGUUCGGUGUCCCAUAUCAGUAUACGGAAAGCCGAAUUCUGAAAGCGAGACUAGAGUAUCUGCGAGAUGCUUACCGAAUACGGGAGUCCGAGUUUUUAGGAUUUGACGCGAUGCGAAACGCAGCACAAUGCGUGGGGCGUGUCUUGCGAGGAAAGACCGAUUGGGGUUUAAUGGUCUUCGCAGACAAGCGUUUCGCUCGAGCGGACAAGAGAGCAAAACUUCCUCGUUGGAUAAAUCAAUAUAUCACAGAAACUGCAUCCAAUCUCUCAACAGACAUGGCUCUAACUUUGUCGAAGCUUUUCAUGCGCACCAUUUCGCAAAACCCUAAUGAAAAUCAAACCGGCGUGUCAUUGUGGACCUUGGAUGAUAUCCUUAAAGCACAGGCGAAACAGGCGGCUGAGGCUGAGAAACAACAUAACGAGGAAGAGGAAUACGGAGAUGGGGGUAUAAGUGACCAAAUGAUGAUUGAUUUCGAGAUGGACGGUUGA